AUGGUAUCAUUGCGGUCGAUUGCGACCGCUAUUGCGGGUGUGGCUUUGUUCUUUGAAACUUCACUAGCGAGCUCAGUUAAGCGCAACGCUGUUAACUACAUAUCCUUUAUCAAUGAGCCUGUAAUCAACACACCAUCACACCGUAUACGCGCCGACUCGCACUUUGAUCUCCUAUUCUCACUACACAAUGGACAACAAAAAAUCCGCCUCAAGCUCGAACCGAACCAUGACAUUCUGCACGAGAACUUCGCUAUUACUCACAUUGGCGCCGACGGUGCCGUGCGAUCUGUCGAGACAGUAAACCGGGAGGACGAAAAAGUAUUCAAGGGACAUGUGUUUAUUCAGCGAGUCGGACGGGAAGGCUGGACAAAUGCUGGCUGGGCAAGGAUAACGAUGCAUCGCGAUGGAAAGGAGCCUGUUUUUGAGGGCACUCUGCGGAUCGACGGCAACCAUCACCAUAUCCAUACCGGCACCAACUACCAGCAAGUUCGACAUGAAGAUGACCCUAUUCUGUCAACAGCAGAUGCUCGGGACGAUGUUAUGGUUGUCUGGCGGGACUCGGAUAUCAUGUCCUUCAACCCUACUGAGCUCAAGAGGCGUGGGGCUUCGGCUGCACUCUGUGACUCUGACACAUUGGGAUUCAACAGCAAGUUUCAUGAGCUCCAAGACUUUGACACUUUUGGUGCGGCAAACACCAAGUCUCUUUUCGGUCGCCAAUCGAUCGACACAGGUACAGGGAACGACGGUUCGAGUGUUGACCUUGAGUCUACCAUUGGUUCUGUGAACGGCUGUCCAACUAGCAGAAGGGUCGCCCUUCUAGGAAUCGCAACUGACUGUGGAUAUACUUCUACAUUUAACUCUACUGAGGCUUUGAGGAAGAAUGUCAUAAGGAUGGUCAACGAUGCCUCCGAAGUGUAUGAAAAGAGCUUCAACAUUACGCUGGGUAUCCAGAACCUCACCAUCAGUGACGGGUCAUGCCCUGGAAGCCCGUCGGAUACAGCUCCUUGGAAUCAGAAGUGUUCCAACAGCGUUGACUUGUCCGAUCGCCUUAACUUGUUUUCCGCCUGGCGCGGUCAGAAUGAGGACAGCAACGCCUACUGGACUCUUCUGAGCACUUGCAACACCGACUCUGCUGUUGGCCUUGCAUGGCUGGGUCAGCUCUGCCGCCCUGGUGCCUCAGCGAACUCCAACACUGGGGGUCGUAACGAGACAGUUGCUGGCGCCAAUGUAGUUGUCAAGACUUCGGCAGAAUGGCAAGUGUUUGCUCAUGAGACAGGACAUACUUUCGGUGCCGUCCAUGAUUGCACUUCUCAGACUUGUCCAGUCUCGUCCGACGCGCAGUCGUGCUGUCCCUUGAGCAAGAGUUCGUGUGAUGCUCAGGGUGACUACAUCAUGAACCCAUCUUCGAGGGAGGGCAUCAAUGAAUUCUCUCCCUGCACCAUUGGAAACAUCUGCUCAGGGUUCAGACGUAAUGUCAAUACGGAAUGUCUCACUGAUAACAGAAACGUCAAGACCAUCUCGGGCCAGCAGUGCGGUAAUGGAAUUGUCGAAGAAGGCGAAGAUUGCGACUGCGGCGGCGAGGCCAGCUGUGGCGAUAAUCCUUGCUGUGACGCAAAGAACUUGCAAAUUCAAGGGUUCGCAUCUUCAGGUACUGUCUGUCGAUCGAGCACAGGCCCUUGUGAUCCCGAGGAGAAGUGCACGGGAAGCAGCGCGACAUGCCCCAAGGACAAACACAGCGACGAUGGCACAGACUGUGGUGAUAGCCUCCAGUGCGCAUCUGGUCAGUGCACAUCGCGAGAUGAGCAGUGCCGAGCAAACUAUCAAAAUACAACAUCCUCCAGUGUGAAGGCUUGCACCAACAGCUGUCUCUUGUCUUGUCAGGCAUCGGGCGAUGGCUUCUGUACGCAGCGAAAUCAAAACUUCCUCGAUGGUACACCCUGCGGCGGCGGCGGCCGAUGUCAGAAUGGUAGCUGCGAGGGCGCUUCGACGUGGAAGGAGAUCGAGAACUGGUUCAAGAACAACAAGAAUAUUGCCAUCCCCGUGGGCUGCGUUCUUGCUGCACUCCUCCUGUUGUCCAUCUCUUGCUGCUGCUUCAGCUGUAUCAAGCGACGCAUAGCUCGCCGCAGGGCAGCCAAACAACCAGCCAUGGGCGCUUGGCCAGGAUACCCUCGGGGCCCUGCUCCAAACCAACAAGGCCCCUACAUGUACGCUCCAAUUGAUAACAACAGUGGCUGGCAGCAACAGAGGACGCGCAGUAUGAGAUAUGCUUAG